AUGAGUCGCAGGGAUUCCGUCGUUGACCUUACCUCUACACAGGCCCAUAAUUUGCCAUCAUCACAGGCAACAUCCCGUGGCGUUAAGCGCAGGCGAAGUAGGGAUGGGUCAUAUCUUUCAAUUUCACCCGAGUCUCAGGGCGAAGAUAUCGAAUCCAUCGAUCUAACUGACCCACAGGCCAAUUCAUCUCUGGCCAAGACGCUCGCCAAGCAGCGUGAGGAUGCUAUCAAAGCCCAGCAAUCAAAAGACGAAGAUAAGACGCAUUCUAUACUCGAAGCCUACAAGUGCCCUGUAUGCAUGGAUACACCGGAGGAUGCAACAAGUACAGCUUGUGGACAUUUAUUCUGCCGCCGAUGUAUAAUCGAAUGCCUAAACCGCGCCGACGAUCAAAGAACCGAUUCAUCCAAACAAAUAAGAGGCACUUGUCCUGUGUGUCGGAAAUCUCUCACCAGGAAUGAAGCAGCUGGACCUCGAAGAAGCUUGAUCCCUCUCCAGCUCAAGCUAAUGACGAAGAAGCGCAACGUUAUCCAACCCACCGAAGCUUAG